UCUAACUGCAGUUAGCUCAAGAGUUCUGUACGUGGCUUUUUGGAAGGUCUGAGUGUGUCUCGCACAGUGUGAUUAUUUACUGCCACGCAAGUGCGCACCAAAUCGCACUAAUAAUAAUCGUCGUCUUUCGGAAUACUCUAAAAAUCAUCAUGAACAUCCUUAUAUUACUACUCGGUCUGACGACGAUGGCGUACGCACAGUUUAACAGGUUCACGACUCCACAACCGACGCAAUAUUAUAAUCCUACUAAUUACUAUGGCCGGCCUUUCUACGCUAUACUGCGACAAACGCAAGACUCCGCGCCGGAUGGAUCGUAUUCUUACAGCUACGAUACAGAAAAUGGUAUUUCCGUAGCAGAGACAGGACAGCCGAAAAACAUUGGGCCGAAUCAGAUCGAGGCGGUCAGAGGUCAAUACAGUUACACCGCACCAGAUGGUACCCCAAUCGUGGUCACUUACACAGCCGAUGAGAAUGGUUUUCUGGCGAGUGGCGCCCAUCUGCCGACACCGCCACCAAUACCGAUAGAGAUUCAACGGGCUCUGGCAUACAAUGCGGCUCAUCCCGAAGAGGAGGAACCUUACAGGAGAUAUUAAAAAUAUCUAUGCUAAGACUGCUCCCAAUGUUUCAAUAUAUCAACGUGGAAUGACAUCGCGGUUAUCGCUUCUCGGAUAUUGAUGAUAUUUUGCUGUAAUAUUAUUAUUCGUAUCGUUAUCAAUAGGUGUUGUUGAGCAAGGAUAUAGUGUGAAA